GUAUGCGUCCGAUUUUCAUCGGCCCCCAUCCGGCCAUCCGCCAUCCCCCAACCCCGUUCUUCUCCCUCCGUCCGACCGUCCCUCGACAGUGCCGAGGCGCAACCUAGCAGCCGCCCACGCGGCGCGACAUCCACUGGCGCAAGCGCAAUCCGCAAGGGCCCCCCGGCGCGCCGCCAGCCUCCUGGCUCGGCCGCCCCCGCGGCUAACCCAGGGGCGGAAAGGCCGGCCAGCCGCCCACACCCCAUCCGGCCAGCCAGGCGGAAACGACCGUAAGAGGGAAGCCGCAGCCGGCCGCUGACUCCGAUCCCACCUCUAGUCAACCCCAGGCAGACCGAUCCUCUUCGUCUGACCACGACGGCCAUCUCGCACGCCUACUUCCACUCAACCACAUAAGUCUUUUCUGCCAGGCCUAACCUUUCCCCUGCGCCGCCUCUACUGGUUUUGCACAGUGCCGUGACGUGGGAAGACGUGGAGAUCCAACGAAAAUUAGAUUUAUUUCUUCCUUCUUCGGUUCCUCAGCUUGCGUAAGAUCCGUCUGGGUUGUCCGCCCUCCAUUGGACUACCCAAGGUGCGGCGCAUCCACCAGGUGGAAGAUAUCUGCGUAAGUCAAAACAUAGAAUAAGAGUGGACUGCUAUUAGUUUUCCAUAGGAUGGAAUCCUUGUGGAAGCUGACCUACUUGCUCGACCCGGCAUCAGUUGCCCUCAUUGCCACAGCCAUUUCUGUGGCCUAUGCAUCAGCAUCACGAGCUCUGGACUAUGGCAAGGAGAUGGAGAGAAACUUGGAUUUUUCAGAGGCUUCCAUUACAUUGGAUCGUUCGCAGGCUCUAAUGAUUCCCCUUGCAAGCUCGUGCAGUCUGUUGCUGAUGUUCUACUUGUUCUCGUCUGUUUCACAUCUCGUGACAGCUUUUACUGCUGUGGCCUCAGCAUUGGCACUGUUCUUUUGCCUGUCUCCACACAUCACCUAUCUUAAGGCACGAUUCAAUCUAAUGGACCCAUUCAUGUCCAGAUGUUGUUCGAAGUCAUUUACACGGUUGCAAGGUUUGCUGAUGCUCUUCUGCAUAGCCACAGUCUUAGCUUGGUUGGUUUCAGGGCAUUGGAUGCUAAAUAACCUACUGGGGAUUUCCAUAUGUAUAGCGUUUGUCAGCCAUGUGAGGCUUCCCAACAUAAAGAUCUGUGCACUGCUUCUUGCCUGCUUGUUUGUGUAUGAUAUUUUCUGGGUGUUCUUCUCAGAAAGGUUCUUUGGAGCAAAUGUCAUGGUUUCUGUUGCCACCCAGAAGGCAUCUAAUCCUGUUCACACAGUAGCAAAUAAGCUCAGCCUGCCUGGGUUGCAAUUGAUUACAAAGAAGCUGGAGCUUCCAGUCAAGCUUGUAUUUCCUAGGAAUUUGUUGGGUGGGAUUGUUCCAGGAAGCAAUCCUGGUGAUUACAUGAUGCUUGGCCUUGGAGACAUGGCCAUUCCAGGGAUGCUUCUAGCUCUGGUACUCUUUUUUGAUAACCGGAAGUUAAAGGAUGUGAACGUUGUUCCAUCAGACGUGUCUCCCCUGAGACGGCGGAAUUAUGUGUGGUAUGCUCUAACAGGGUAUGGUAUUGGCUUGGUAGCUGCACUAGCUGCCGGGAUCUUGUCUCAGUCUCCCCAACCAGCCUUACUGUACCUGGUGCCGUCAACACUGGGGCCUGUCAUGUACUUGUCAUGGUUCCGGAAUGAGCUGUGGGAGCUAUGGGAAGGGUCUGGAACUAUUCUGAACGACAAAGCUCGUUUGUUGGAGGUCUGAGAUCCAAGUGGACAAUAAGAAGGAUCUGAGCUCACCGGGAUUGAAUCUUAAUUAAUUAUUAAACAUUACUUGAGCUCAUACUGAAAGGGAGUAUUUAUAAGCUGAGUGUUCUAUUCAUGCAUGUGAGCUACUAUCUCCGUUCUCAAAUAUUUGUUGCCCACUAGUUCAUUUUUAAACUAGACCGCGACAAAUAAAAAAGAACGGAGACAGUACUAAGCAGUUGCCCAUCGUGAAUCAUGUAACUGUUUGUAAUAGAAAGGUUCAGUUCAAUGCAUUUCAGCUUUUUUUACCAA